AUGAGUGGUCCUCCAGAGUCAAUAGUGCCUGAGUUGCAAGAACAUGAUGGUUUCAGCAACCAUGAUGUGACUUCUUUGUUUUCAGGCAAUACAAAUCAUACCAGAAGGUCACAUGAAUUUUAUGAAACACUUAACGACGAACAAUAUACGGGAGAUAGAGUUGUUGUGCCUGAAUUCAAUGAACAUGAGGUAACAGUAAUAGAUUGGGGUAAGGAUGUGUUUAAUGAUCCAUUGGGAAAGUUAUUACGCUAUUUGUCUUCUUUAUUCCCCAUACUCAAGUGGAUUUUACACUAUAAUUUGAAGUGGUUAUCGGGCGAUUUGAUUGCUGGUAUCACCGUUGGAAUUGUUUUAGUUCCACAAUCUAUGUCAUAUGCACAAUUGGCUGGCUUGGAUGCUCAGUAUGGGCUUUAUUCCUCUUUUGUUGGUGUCUUUAUCUAUUCUAUCUUUGCAACAUCAAAAGACGUUUCAAUUGGUCCAGUGGCAGUCAUGUCUGCUGAAGUGGCUAAAGUUAUAGCACAUGUCCAGAGUACAUCUGGUGAUAAAUAUUCUGCUCCAGAAAUUGCAACCUUUUUGUCGUUGAUAUGUGGAGGAAUUGCAGCUGGAUUGGGCUUGCUUAGGUUGGGUUUUAUCUUAGAAUUUAUUUCAAUUCCUGCAGUUAUGGGUUUUAUGUCAGGAUCUGCCUUCAGUAUAAUCGUCGGUCAAGUGCCGGGAUUGAUGGGUUAUAAUAAACUUGUAGACACAAGGGGUUCAAGCUGUCAAGUUGUGAUAGAUACAUUAAAAAACUUGAAACACACGAAAUCAGACGCUGCUUUUGGUUUAAUAUGCUUAUUCGUGUUAUAUUCGUGGAAGUUUUUAACUGAGUAUGCACAGAAAAGAUGGCCAAGACAAAAAUUAUGGUUUUUCUAUGCUCAGCAAUUAAGAAAUGCUGUCGUAAUUAUUGUGGCUACAUGUAUAUCAUGGGGUAUUGUUCAUCCUAAGAAGAUCGCAUUCAAUGGCCCAGAAGCUGAUUUUACUCCUCCAAUAUCAACCAUUGGAGUUGUACCAAAAGGAUUGAAACAUGUGGGUGUGAUGACAAUCCCAAAGGGCCUUAUCGGAGAAAUAGGAUCAAAAAUUCCAGUCUCGACUAUCAUUUUGCUAUUGGAGCAUAUCGCAAUUUCAAAAUCGUUUGGAAGAGUUAAUGACUACAAGAUUAACCCAAAUCAAGAAGUGGUGGCUAUUGGAGUCAACAACUUGAUUGGGACUUUCUUUAAUGCAUACCCUUCAACUGGCUCUUUCUCUCGGUCAGCUUUGAAGGCGAAGUGUGGUGUCAGGACACCUUUGGCCGGUAUUUUCACUGGUGGUGUUGUUUUAUUGGCAUUAUAUUGUUUAACUUCAUCAUUUUACUAUAUUCCGAAGGCUGCAUUGAGUGCUAUUAUCAUUCAUGCAGUUUCCGAUUUAAUUGCAAGCUACAAGGUAACGUGGAAUUUUUGGAGAAUAUCUCCGCUCGAUGCAGGAAUUUUCCUUAUUGCAGUUUUAAUUACAGUGUUUUCAUCUAUUGAGAAUGGUGUUUAUUUCGCCAUUUGUGCCUCAGCUGCGGUUUUACUCUUCAGAAUUGCAAUUCCUAAAUCUUAUUUCUUAGGAAAGGUACAAGUUGCUGAAGUAAUUAAUCCAGUGAUAAAAUAUUCUGAUGAUUGCAGUGACCAUUCUUCUACUUCAAAUGAAAUUGAAGUUCAGCAAGUUUUAACUGAUGGUUCUAAUCACUAUAAUGACAAGCAGAAAUUCAAGGGACAAGAUUUAACUGUAACAGACACACAAGCUCUUUUAAAGAAUAAUCCUCAGGUCAAGUUCCAUACGAGAUGGGUGCCUUUGACGAAGGAAAAUAUAAACAGCGAUUUAAAAGUCUCUCCGCCACCUCCUGGAGUUAUAAUCUUUAAGCCAACUGAGUCAUUUACCUAUCCCAAUGCAUCUACGCAGAUAGAUAGGAUAACAGAUGAAGCUAAGAGACUUACAAGAAGAGGUCGCCCAUAUAAUUACACUGAUGCUGGUUCUAGACCUUGGAACGAUCCAGGUCCAUUGAGAUUUAAAAUUCCUUUUAUCUCAAAGAAGGGAGAAAAUGAUGAAGUUACCACAUCUCAAAUAGAACAAGAGAAGCCACUUCUCAGAAUAGUACAUUUCGAUUUCUCAACUGUUGCAUCUAUCGAUGUUACAAGUAUUCAGGCAUUAGUGGAUUUGAGGAAAGCCCUUAAUGUAUAUGCUGACAGAGAAGUCGAAUUCCAUUUUUCCGGUAUUUUAAGUCCUUGGAUCAGAAGAGGUUUACUUAACGCUGGAUUUGGAACCUAUGGUACGGAGAAAUUGGUGAGCGAUACAGUUUACGUCAACAUAGCUACUUCAGAUGACUUGGAAAAUAAUGCUGGCACUUCUGAGUACUCUGCUGCAGUAGCUACUGGUACACCUUUCUUUCACUUAGACAUUCCGAAUUAUUCUUAG